UCCACACAGGCACCGUGGUGUAUCGUGGCUGCGCUACAGGAACCUUCUGCAACAUGGGCAACCUCACCAUAAACUCUAAUAUACUAAAUGUGGACAUUACUGUUUCCUGUUCCAGUGGUAACAGCGUAAUUACUGGCAACACUACGGGAAAUAUCUGGACCACCACCAGAAGCACUGGCACCACCAUAGGGCAUCAGGCAACCAGCAGCGGAAAUGCUACAACUACUAAAGGAAAUGCUUCCAGCACCAGAGGAAAUCUUACCACCAGUAAGGGAAAUCCUUCUAGUGCCAGUGGACCUCCUUUAACCACCAGUGGAAAUGGUGCAACCACUAGGGGAGAUCUUACCACCAGUAUGGGAAAUCCUUCUAGUAUCAGUGGACCUCCUGUAACCACCAGUGGAAAUGGUGCAACCACUAGGGGAGAUCUUACCACCAGUAUGGGAAAUCCUUCUAGUGCCAGUGGACCUCCUGUAACCACCAGUGGAAAUGGUUCAACCACUAGAGGAAAUCUUACCACCAGUAUGGGAAAUUCUUCUAGUACCAGUGGACCUUCUUUAACCACCAGUGGAAAUGGUGCUACUACUAUAGAAAAUCCUUCCAGCAUUAGGGAAAAUCUUACCACCCGUAUGGGAAAUACUUUUAGCACCAGUGGACCUCCUGUAACCACCAGUGGAAAUGGUGCAACUACUAGAGGAAAUCUUACCACCAGUAUGGGAAAUUCUUCUAGCACCAGUGGACCUCCUGUAACCACCAGUGGAAAUGGUUCUACCAUUAUAGGAAAUCCUUCCAGCAUUUGGGAAAAUCUUACCACCAGUAUGGGAAAUUCUUCUAGUACCAGUGGACCUCCUGUAACCACCAGUGGAAAUGUUGCAACCACUGGAGAAAAUAUUUCCAGCACUAGAGGAAAUCUUACCACCAGUAUGGGAAACUCUUCCAGCACCAGAAGAUCUCCUGUAACCACCAGUAGAAAUGGUGCUACUACUAGAAGAAGUCCUUCCAGCACCAGGGGAAACCUUAACACCAGUACGAGGAGUUCUUCCAGCACCAGAAGAUCUCCUGUAACCACCAGUAGAAAUGGUGCAACUACUAAAAGAAGUCCUUCCAGCACCAGGGGAAACCUUACUACCAGUACGGGGAGUUCUUCCAGCACCAGAAGAUCUCCUGUAACCACCAGUAGAAAUGGUGCUACUACUAGAAGAAGUCCUUCCAGCACCAGGGGCAACCUUACCACCAGUACGGGGAGUUCUUCCAGCACCAGAAGAUCUCCUGUAACCACCAGUAGAAAUGGUGCUACUACUAGAAGAAGUCCUUCCAGCACCAGGGGCAACCUUACCACCAGUACGGGGAGUUCUUCCAGCACCAGAAGAUCUCCUGUAACCACCAGUAGAAAUGGUGCUACUACUAGAAGAAGUCCUUCCAGCACCAGGAGAAACCUUACCACCAGUACGGGGAGUUCUUCCAGCACUAGAAGAUCUCCUGUAACCACCAGUAGAAAUGGUGCUACAACUAGAAGAAGUCCUUCCAGCACCAGGGGAAACCUUAUGGGGAAUUCUUCCAGCACCAGAAGAUCUCCUAUAACCACCAGUAGAAAUGGUGCCACUACUUCAGGAAGCCCCAGCACCAGAGGAAGCUCUACCAUGACUAGGAAGAAUUCUGCAACCACCACAUUGAUUCUUGCAAGCACCAGUGGAAAUGCUGCAUCGACUACAGUAAAUAAUUCCAGCACUGGAGGAAGCUCUACCACCACUAGCAAGAAUUCUGCAGCCACCCAACUGAAUCCAGCAACCACCAGUGGAAAAGCUGCUACAACUAGAAGAAGAAGGAGAAGAAGAACUACUCCUGUCAGCACCACCACCAGACAAAGGGUGUAG